AUGCCUGUUGUUACUGGGAUUCGAAAGGGAUUUCUUGAUGGUGUUAGACUAUACGGUGCAGGAGGAAGUGGUGAAUGCAAUCGGCCCACAGCUGACUCACUUCUUCACUUUCCUGAACGUCUUCGAAACCGAUGUCAAGUGAUUGACACGCGUCAACUUGUUAACGGUGCAACACAGGUUCCAGCAGCAAAGGAAACAGAUCAUAUAAAAGAGAAGCCCAAACAAACAAAUUCGAAUAUAACAAAGAAAGAAGCAUGUCAAUGGGAGGUUCAGUCUGUGGAUUGCAAUGAACGAGAGAUUGUGGUGCGGCUGCAUCCUCCUCCAAAUGUGAUGUCAAUGAAGGAUGUGGAGUUGACAGCUUCUUUAGGUGUUAUCGAGGUGUCAAUUACGCCAAGGGGUCCAGCAGCAGGCUUUACCCAGCAAGUUGGCAAGGAGACCUUUGAUAUGCCUACCGAUGUGUCACUCUUCACAGACAUUUGUGUUAUGCUUGCGGGUCGCCUUGCGGAAGCGACGCGGCACGCUGAGCUCACGACUGGUACUCAAGAAGACUACCAGCGUGCCACCAAGACGGCGAUACACGUAUUUUUGGCCUUUGGCAUGUCGCACCAUGUUGGGUUUCUCGCAUUUGAACCACAACGGUUAGAUGAGGGACGCAUUUACCAGAAGCACUCGGAGAAGAUCCAGGCCGUUGCUGAAGAGGAGGCAGCGCGAUUGGUUGGGACGGCCCAACAGUAUACAAAGACUUUAAUAGCGGAAAAUAAGGAGUUGCUGCAUCGUCUGGCCGAUGCAAUUUUCACUAGGAAGGAGUUGUUGAAGGAGGAUUUGGAGGCAAUACUUGGACCCCGUGGAGCAGCUCGUUUGUCGCUGGAAGCAGAGAAGGUACUCACUGCAUUUGUGCAAAAAUCAGAAAAACAUGGGACGACGGUGCGGAGCACUUCUGGGUGA